AUGACUCGGAAUCGACACCACACACAACGACACCACCACAGACAGUACACAGAGGGCACAUGGUAUCAUAUGUUUCUACUUGCUUUAGGUGAUACUCACUUGUGUGCUGAGUUGUGUCGCCUUUUAUACUAUGUUCAUCAGCUGCGUCCGUUUCAUGUGAGGCACGUGUUCAUGCACCUUCAGAUCGGCAUUCGUACUUUUCGCCCUCCACCAUCGCUCUCCUGA